ACGAUAUAUGCAUAAUAUACAUUGUAUUAUGAAUUUUUAAAAUGCCAAUACAUUUUCAAUAGACUAGUCUGAUGUCUAAUGUAUAAAUGUUUGAUAAUUUUGAAUGAUAGGAAUCAAUGCCUUAUAUUAAAAGAAAAUUUCCAAAUAAGUAUGAGAAAAGUAAAAGAUUAAAAAGUGAUGAGAUAGAAGAAGUUGAUAUGGAUAUAGAAAAUAUUGAUCAAGGAAGGAUAAUAUAUUCUGAUGAUGAGGAAGCUCGUUUAUGCAAGUUCAUUCCACCUUUACCUCAUGAUACUCCCAUACAAGUUCCAGUGCCACCACCACCACCACCACCACCACCACUUCCUGCAUCUGAUGAUGCACCUGCAUUUGUUGAAGAAACUCAGAUAUGUGCAAAUCUUUUAUCACCUACAUUAACUGAAUUAGAAGAAGAAAAACAAAGAUUAAUGAAUGAAUUAGAAUUGGAAUUGGAAGAGAACAAAAAAGAUACAUCUGAUGAAACUGAAAAUAUCAAUAAUUGUGAUAAGCAUGAAACAAAUAAUCAAGUGCCACAUAUUAUACUAAUUGGAGACUAUAUUUUUAAAAAUUUAUGCAUCAAAAAUGAAAACUGGAAAAUUGACAUAUAUGCAAACAAUAAUUGGAAGUUACAGAAUGUGUUGGAAUAUAUAAAAUUAGAAAUAUCAAAUUUAACAGGAGAAGAAAUAAUAUUUAUACAUCUUGGAAUAAAUGACUUUUUAUCAAGAGGUAGCAGUUCUCUGAGUGAAAUCUGUUCCCUGGUUAAAGAUUCAUUAAAUGAAAUUCGGACACAGGUAAAAAUCCUCAUUCUUAGUGCAAUUUUACCUUUCCCACAUUUUGAUACGGUGGUUAAUCACAAAAUUCAAUGCCUCAAUAUGUUCAUACGUGAACUGUGCAAGAAAUCAAAUCUUGGAUUUAUUAACUUGCGCAAAGCAUUUAUGGAUGGUAACUUAUUAAAAUCUGAUUUGUUUGAAGAUCAACAGUAUUACUUGAAUGAAAAUGGAAGCAAGAUAAUGUGUGAUGUUCUUUUAAAAAAUUUUGAAUUUGCUGUACUGAAAAGCAAGGAUGUUAGCUUCAAGCAAGAAGUAUCAUCUUGUCAAGAGACAAUUGAAUGGUUUAAUUAAAUGCAAGCCAUAUUUAAUAACUAUUAUAAAAAUUAAUAACUUUUUCACCCAAGUAAAUUUAAUAUAAAUAUUCAUUAAAAGAAAUUUAUUGCAGAAUUUUUAAUAUAAAACU